AUGUUGGGUGAUUUAUUAAGUCAGUAUUUCGCGUUGUUUGUGGUUACAGAUGAGAGUAUAGAUUAUGUGGGUAAUUUGAUAUUACGAUCAUGUCGUUUAAGAUUACCUCGAUCGAUAUUGGAGUACUUAUGCUUCGUGUGGGAUUUACAAUUGAACGAUCGUUUAUUAUUAUUUAAUGGAAUUAAACGUGUGGAUCGUGUGGAUUUGACAGAUGUGUGGGUGCAUGGAGAAUGGGAGAUUAUGCUUCCUAUGUUAUCAGUGGAUGUUCCAACUAAGUCUGUGGAGUUUAGAAGAGAAGAUGACCAGAUUAUACUUGUAACCACAGACGGUCGUUGGAUACUGGAAAUCAUGACCCAAUCAUGUACUCCAAUUUCCUUAAUUUUAAAUCAAGUAACUACAACAUCACAACAAGUAACUACAACAUCACAACAAGUAACUACAACAUCACAACAAAUGACUACAACAUCACAACAAAUGACUACAACAUCACAACAAAUGAAAGUGCCGAAAAGUCUUAAACGUGCAAGUGAGAUCUCAUCAAGGUGCAAUAAUGAGGCCAAAGAUCUUAUUCUUACUGGCAAAUUUAAAGACGUAUUCCGAUAUAAUCGUAAUAAUAAACUUACUAAAACACGAAGUCACGAACAGGACACCAUCCGAACCGGCUUACUCAAACAGGCAGAACAGUUAAAGAACAUCUGCUGCCAUGUUAUUGAACCCUUAGAAUAUCAUCUAGGAAUGCUGACGAACAAAACAAAAAACUCAUAUGGGACAGAACUACCACGACAUACAGCUCACUUACGAACCUGUAUGGCAAGCUUAUUAGAUGCCGUUGCCGUACAGGCUGCAGCAAUCAAACAUCGAGAUGACAAGAUAAAGAAUAUGCUACAACAACUUUUACAGAAUCAAUCCUUCAUCGACAAAGAAGGUGAGCGCACUUUAAAAAUCUCGAGAUCCAUACUGGGAUAUGAGGCCUUACAUGCCCUUGAAAGGGUGCUUCAUAAAAUGUUUAUAUUCCGGCUAUCGGAGCUAGAUCACGCGCACUUUAAGUUAACAUCCUCUACCAUUACAUCUACCAUUACAUCUACCAUUACAUCUACCCUUACCUCUGCCUCCGACCAUCCAAAGUCGAUAGAUACAUCUAUCCGGGGACUCGCUAUAAGGCCAAAUGACGAUCACGAUGACCAGUCGAAUAAAUUAAUUCAGCAGCACACGUGUGCGAUGACACCAAAUAUACCGUAUAUUCUCCAAGUACUUAAUUGCAAGAAAAUGCGGCCCCUCGCACAACAAGUCCUCUCCACCGGUGAAGCUCUUACGGAACUGGAAAGACUGGAGCUGGAGGAGUUAGACAAACCGCCGCUCGUGACUAGUCUUCGUGCAUCAAAACCAAGCAAUAUUAAGACACUGAAAAAAUGGAUUGACUUCAAUUCUUGUGCCGGUAAAAUCGAUGAAUUGAUGGCCACCACUGGACAACGCAGGUAUUCCAUGCAUGAAGGCGACGUCUUGGUCACUGAAGUGAGCCGUAAAAAAACAGGUACUGAAGACCAUAGGAACCAAGGCCACAGCAGACCAUAG